CGAAGCCACUUACUAGUUUUCUCCUUUUGCCCAAAAUGAGCGUCGCUGUAAAGAAAGAGUACCAGAAUUCCGCUUUUAUGCCCGAUUGUGACAUCGAAAUUAAAGGUUGUAAUUCGCAGGAAAAUGAGAGAAAAGACUACGACCCAUACGCGCAUCGAAAUGUCGCACAUCCAACCACAAACUGGGAGACCUUAAUCCAUCUCCUCAAAGGAAGCUGCGGUACAGGCAUCCUCGCGAUGCCAAAGGCGAUUAGUCACUCGGGUUACGUUCUUGGAACCGUCGCCACAUUUGCCAUAGGAUUGAUCUGCACUUACUGUAUACAUCUGCUGCUAAAGUGCGAGUACGAGCUGUGCAAGAGGAGGAAGAUUCCAAGCUUGACCUACCCUGGAAUCGCCGAGGAGGCUCUCGGCGAAGGGCCAAAGUUUAUGCGCAAACUCGCACCAUACUCAGGCCACUUCGUCAACGUAUUCCUGCUGAUCUACCAGUUCGGAAUUUGUUGCGUCUACAUUGUCUUCAUCGGCGUGAACAUCCAAGCCGUCGCCAACCAGUACGUGACCCCGAUCGCGGUCGAGUACUACAUGCUGAUGAUCCUACUGCCGCUGAUCCUGGUGAACUGGAUACGCAACCUGAAGAUGCUCGCGCCCCUUUCGACAUUUGCGAAUAUCAUAACGGUCGGAAGCUUCGGAAUUGUUCUCUACUACAUCUUUACGAAGGGGUUUACGUUUGAAGGACGCGAACCGGUCGCCGACGUAAAGACUCUCCCGCUGUUCUUCGGUACGGUUUUGUUCUCGCUCGAAGCAAUCGGUGUGGUUAUGCCGUUGCAAAAUGAAAUGAAAACGCCUAAAUCGUUUGGAAGCACUUUCGGGGUACUCAACCUAGGUUUAGGUAUCAUAGUGGUACUGUAUGCGGUGAUCGGUUUCUUCGGUUACUUGGCGUAUGGACCUUCGGUGGAGGGGUCUAUUACAUUAAGCCUGCCCAAGGAAGAUUUGGCGGCUCAAGUUUGCAAACUGGCAUUAGCCGUUGCCAUGUUCCUCACCUACACUGUACAGUACUAUGUUGCCGUCGAUAUUGCCUGGACACAAUACUUAAGUACCAAGUUUGCGAACAACAAAAGAUCGAGGAUUUACGAGUACACGUUGAGAACGCUGCUAGUUUUACUAACAUUCGUCUUGGCGGUAUCGGUACCAGCACUAGAUCUCUUCAUUUCAUUUUUUGGAGCCCUUUCUCUAUCGAUAGUCGGAAUUUCAGUGCCGGUAAUUGUGGAAACCUGCACGUUUUGGUACCAAAGGCGAGGGUGGAGGUUUUACUUGAUGGUUGUAAUAAACUCGUUGCUGGUAGCGUUCAGCCUUUUAGGAUUGGUAGCUGGCACGUUUACUAGCAUAAAUGAAAUUGUUCAUACGUUUUCAAAUAAAAGUUAAAUAAACUGUG